UCCCUAAUGGGGCAGGCCCAGGGAAUGACAUGCGCAGUGGGGGAGUAUGUGGCGUGACAUGCGCAGUGCUGACAGCGCGCCAUUUUGCCGGAGUUUGAAUGUGAUGCGCGAGAGUCGCCGGAUCGGGGCCCGUGCAGAAGUGUGAGACACCGGGACAGGUAAUUGGGGACAGGCCCCCGUCUGUCUGCCCUAGAUACUGCGAGGUUUGCUAUUGGCUUGUCUAAUACUUUUUGGCACUACAGUAAAACUGCUAAAAGAACAUUCAUUAAAAUUCUGAAGAUAUUUUAAAGAUGGAGCUGAGUGACGCUAAUCUACAGACACUAACUGAAUAUCUGAAGAAAACUCUAGACCCAGACCCUGCUGUACGUCGUCCCGCUGAAAAGUAUCUGGAAUCUGUAGAAGCAAAUCCAAAUUAUCCAUUGUUGCUUUUAACCCUGCUGGAGCGUUCCCAAGAUAACGUCAUCAAAGUGUGUUCAUCUGUUACUUUUAAGAACUACAUCAAAAGGAACUGGAGAAUUAUUGAAGAUGAACCAAACAAGAUCUGUGAAGAAGACCGGGUUGCCAUUAAAGCUAACAUUGUGAAUCUGAUGCUUAGCAGCCCAGAGCAGAUUCAGAAGCAGCUAAGCGAUGCAAUCAGUAUCAUAGGGCGGGAAGACUUCCCUCAGAAGUGGCCGGAUUUGCUGAUUGAGAUGGUGAACCGCUUUCAGAGUGGAGAUUUCCAUGUGAUAAAUGGGGUGCUGCACACAGCUCACUCUCUAUUCAAGAGGUAUCGUCACGAGUUUAAAUCCAGUGAAUUGUGGAUCGAGAUUAAACUUGUACUUGAUACCUUUGCUUUACCUCUCACCACCCUUUUCCAGGCAACCAUCGGUCUGUGCAAUACACAUAGUAACGACAUCAGCGCUUUAAAGGUCCUGUUCUCCUCCUUAACUCUGAUUGCCAAGCUCUUCUACAGCUUAAAUUUUCAGGAUCUUCCUGAAUUCUUUGAAGAUAACAUGGAAACCUGGAUGAACAAUUUUCACAGCCUCCUAACUCUGGACAAUAAGCUUUUACAAACGGACGAUGAGGAAGAGGCAGGACUGUUGGAGUUGUUGAAAUCACAAAUCUGCGACAAUGCUGCUCUGUACGCUCAGAAAUACGAUGAAGAGUUCCAGCCAUACUUGCCACGCUUUGUCACUGCUAUAUGGAAUCUGCUGGUUACCACGGGUCAGGAGGUUAAAUAUGAUUUGCUGGUGAGCAAUGCUAUCCAAUUCCUGGCAUCUGUGUGUGAGCGGCCGCACUACAAGAACCUGUUUGAAGAUCCCAACACUCUGACCAGUAUAUGUGAGAAGGUCAUUGUUCCUAACAUGGAAUUCAGAGCUGCUGAUGAGGAGGCAUUUGAGGACAAUUCAGAGGAAUAUAUCAGGAGGGACCUGGAAGGAUCUGACAUUGACACCAGACGACGAGCUGCUUGCGAUCUGGUUCGUGGUUUGUGCAAAUUUUUUGAGGGACCAGUCACUAAUAUAUUCUCCUGUUAUGUUAACUCAAUGCUCCAGGAGUAUGCGAAGAAUCCAUCUGUUAACUGGAAGCAUAAGGAUGCAGCUAUUUACCUGGUGACGUCGCUGGCAUCCAAGGCACAAACACAAAAGCAUGGGAUAACGCAAGCAAAUGAACUUGUCAACUUAACAGAAUUCUUUGCCAAUCAAAUUCUUCCCGACCUGAAAUCUUCUAAUAUUAACGAGUACCCCGUGCUUAAAGCAGAUGGCAUCAAGUAUAUUAUGUUUUUCAGGAAUCAGGUUCCUAAAGAGCAGCUGCUAGCAACGAUUCCUCUCCUGAUCACUCAUUUGCAGGCAGAGAGUAUUGUGGUUCACACAUAUGCAGCACAUGCACUGGAGAGGUUAUUCACUAUGCGAGGGGGCUCAUCCAAUGCUACCCUCAUCACUGUAGCCGAUAUGUUACCAUAUGUGGAAGUGCUCCUGUCUAACUUGUUUAAAGCACUAUCAUUACCUGGCUCUUCAGAAAAUGAAUACAUCAUGAAAGCGAUCAUGAGAAGCUUCUCACUGCUACAGGAGGCAAUCAUCCCGUAUAUCCCUUCAGUAAUCACUCAACUGACACAAAAGCUUCUUGCUGUUAGUAAGAAUCCCAGCAAACCUCAUUUUAAUCAUUAUUUGUUUGAGUCGAUUUGCCUGUCAAUACGUAUCACAUGCAGGGCUAACCCAGCUGCUGUUGGUAGUUUUGAAGAGGCACUGUUCCUGGUGUUUACAGAGAUAUUACAAAAUGAUGUGCAAGAGUUCAUGCCGUACGUGUUUCAAGUAAUGUCUUUGCUCCUGGAAAUGCACAAAGAUGACAUCCCCACAUCCUACAUGGUCCUGUUCCCCCACCUCCUUCAACCAGUUCUGUGGGAGAGAACAGGAAACAUUCCUCCUCUAGUGAGACUGUUACAAGCCUACCUGGAGAGAGGAGCUAGGACAAUAGCGACCAACGCCUCAGAUAAAAUUCCUGGCCUUCUAGGUGUCUUCCAGAAACUCAUUGCAUCUAAAGCAAACGACCAUCAAGGGUUUUAUCUACUGAACAGCAUUAUUGAGCACUUACCAGUUGAAUGUGUGGAUCAGUACAAGCGACAGAUCUUCAUUGUGCUUUUCCAAAGGCUGCAAAACUCCAAAACUACAAAGUUUGUGAAAAGUUUUUUGGUGUUCUUAAACCUUUAUUGUGUUAAAUAUGGAGCCGUUGCCUUGCAAGAAAUGGUAGACAGCAUCCAACCCAAGAUGUUUGGAAUGGUUGUGGAGAAGAUAAUUAUACCUGAAAUUCAGAAAGUUUCUGGGCCAGUUGAGAAGAAAAUCUGUGCAGUUGGCAUUACAAAAGUGCUGACUGAGUGUCCCCAUAUGAUGGACUCUGAUUACACAAAGCUGUGGACCCCUCUGUUGCAGGCUCUGAUUGGUCUGUUUGAGCUGCCUGAAGAUGAUACUAUUCCUGAUGAUGAACAUUUCAUUGACAUUGAAGAUACCCCUGGUUACCAGACAGCAUUUUCCCAACUUGCAUUUGCUGGCAAGAAAGAACGCGAUCCUAUUGGAGAAAUGGUUAAUAAUCCCAAAAUCCUCCUGGCACAGUCUCUUCACAAGUUGUCAGCGUCCUGUCCAGGCCGGGUCCCCUCCAUGAUCAGCACAAGUCUGAAUGCAGAUGCCCUCCAAUUUCUCAAAGGAUAUCUCCAGCUUGCUAAUGUAACAUUGGUGUGAAUGACAUUGGAGCACUAACCGUUACAAAGCACUUGAGGGGGCUUGUGAGCGGAGUUUCUGCAUGGUCAGAGUGUAUUAAGUCUUGGACUUUAAAACACAGCCCGGGCCUUUUUACACUUGUUCUUCAAACUGCAUCCAGUCUCUGUACCAAUGGUCAAGGAUCCAUACAGCAAGUAUUUAGGGUGGAUAUUUGUGUCUUGACUAUUCCCAUGAAAUUAAUUUAUUGUACAGUUUAAUCAAACUUCUUCAUAUGCGGUGUCUGUCAAGAAAAAGCACUUGUAGUUGCAUAAGAAACUUUGCCUUUUUUCUAUAUCCAUUCUCAGAUGUGUUUGGGUUUUUCUCUGAACUGUGAAUAAAUAAGAUGCAUUUGCUUAAAGCUGUCUAGUAAUGUGCCAUUAUUACGCAUUCAGUUGCCUGGUUUGGUGCCCAGUGCGAAUACUUGGUUAACUCAUUCCAUUUGGAAAAUCUGUUCUGUUUUCUGACAUAGAUUAACUUUAAUAAAGGUUCUCUGUUGAAGUCAA